AUGAAUAUGAUACGACAUCGUUUCGUGUCCAUAGUGAGUGCCAAUAUUAUAAGUUGUAUCUAUUCACACAUAUUUCUACGCAAUAUAUCUGUUAGUUGUUUAACAAAUCAAAGAUAUUCAAAAGUUGCUUCAGUUUUUGAUGUGAAGACUAACAAUAAGUGCAUAUCUGGACUUAAUCUUUCGAAUAAGUGCUUUUUGUUUGUGAAUAAACUCCCACAUUCUAACUUUCGUUCUAUAAGCACGAUAAAGGCUAAAAAUUUAUACAGUAUGGCUAACAGGGACAUAGAGGUGACAAAAUCUCUGGAAGGAGAUAAACUUUGGAUAGAUAGCGCUCUCAAUGUGACACAUCCUGCUUUUGACAAACUUUCAGGCGUUUAUCUGUCAGAUCUAGAUAUGGUUGCUACUACAUAUAGACACAAGGCCAGUGGAUUGUCCGUUGUGUCUUUGAAGACAAAUAUUCAAUCUGGAAAGGAAAUGUGUUUUGAUAUCUUCGUGCCUACACCACCAGUAAAUAGCCGUGGCUCAGCUCAUGUUUUAGAACACACUGUAUUAUCUGGUUCUUCAAAAUAUCCUAGUAAGGAUGGAUUCUCUGUUAUCAUACAAGGAGGAUUUUAUAGUUUUCUAAAUGCCUCUACAUAUAAAGAUAAAACGUCUUACCUUUUUGCAUCUACAAAUGAAAAGAGUUUUUAUAAUAUCGCAGAUUUUUAUAUGGAAUCAUUUUUUAGACCAUCAGUAAGGCAACAGGAAGAUAUAUUUAAACAAGAGGGUUGGCAUUAUAAAGUUCUUCCCAAUGAUAAAAAUGAAACGGAAAUAGAGGACGGAGGAAUUGUAUUGCACGAUAGACAUAUUAGUUAUUCGGGGAUAGUUUAUAAUGAGAUGAGAAAUUCCUUUUCCGAUUCCCAUAAUAUUGCUCGCUCCCUGAUAUACGAAAAUCUGUUUAAUAACUGCUAUAAAUUUGUUAGCGGCGGAAACCCAGAAGAUGUUGUUGAAUUAACACACUCCGAGUUGAUUAAAUUUUAUGAAGACUAUUAUGGACCAAAAACUGCCACAAUAUAUUUCCAUGGACCAUAUGAUAUUUCAAAUCGUUUAAAUUUUGUUGAUGACUAUUUGACAAAAUAUAAAAUUGGCAUUGAACUUCCCGGUAUAAAUACGCUGUCUCACAGUGCUAAUUUAGAAACAUCAAGGCGAAGAACAGAAUUGGAGCCCUAUACUGAUAUACCAAAAACAAUAAAAAGUACAUACAAUGCACUAAAUUCUGUAGAUGAUUUGGUGGUUAUGGGUUGGAUACUAGAUCCAAAGGAUGAUAAAAAUAGUAGAGAUAUAGAUGUUAUCGAUAUUGUAGGUCUCCAAGUUUUGCAACAUCUAUUAAUUGGUACACCUGAAAGUAUGUUGUAUAAAGCACUCAUAGACUCUAAGCUUGGAAAAAAAGUCAUUCCAACCGGAGUUAUUGGCUCAUAUCACCAAUCUACAUUUAUGGUUGGUUUAGAAGGUGUUGAUUCCUCUCAAUUUGAAACUAGAGGUGAUUCGAAAGACAAGGUUGAAAAGGUUAUCCUAGAUACAUUCAAAUCUGCUAUAGAAAAUGGUUUUAAACUUGAUUCCAUACAUGCUGCCAUAAAUACAAUUGAAUUUGAAAUGAGGGAACUAAAUACUGGAUAUUAUCCCAAAGGAUUGGCUCUGGUUGAGUUGAUACAAUCUCGAUCACAAUAUGGUAAAGAUCCUUUAGGACUGCUAGAAUUCGAUAAAUUAUUAUCACAGUUGCGUGAUCGCAUAUUUAAGGAUGAUCCAUCUAAAUAUUUCAAGGAUUUACUUAAUAAAUAUUUUGUGACUAACAAUACCCGAGUCACCUUGCAUCUCGAGGCUGUUGAAUCUAGUAUUUAUGAAAAGGACUUCAACAAAAGAAUAAGUAAGCACAUAUUGAGCAGGUUAGGCCACCUUAAAAAGGAAGAUGUUGAUCGUCUAGAGAACGAAUACAAAAAAUUCAAGGAAAUUCGUGAAACACCCGAAGAUAAAAAGGUUCUAGAAUCUUUUCCUACUCUUGAAAUAUCUGAUAUGAGCCCUGAAGAAGAAAUUAUACCGACUGAAUUCUAUGUUUUGUCCAAAUUAGGAAUAUCUAAAUCCUCAAAAUUACAUGAUUCUAAGGUUAAUGUAUUGAUUCAUCCAAUAGAAUCACAGGGUAUUGUUUAUCUGGAUUACGCAAUCUCACUGGUUGAUUUAACUGUUGAGGAUCUAUCAUAUUUAAAUUUAUUUGUCUCCAUGUUGAAGGAGGCUGGUACAGAAAAGCUCACUCCUGAAGAACUAAACUAUGUAAUUGCUAAGAAUCUUGGAGGGCUUUCAUUUGAUAUAAAUUUCAUAACUCGUACAAAUAAUACAACAUAUUCGGAUCCAAAGGAUGCUAUCGGAUAUUUAGUUGUAAGAGCAAAAUCUCUUAAAGAGAAAAAGGAUAUGAUGGUUGAUAUUGUCAACGACGUUCUGCUCAAUUCUAAGUUGUCAAAUUCAAACAAGGGUAUCGAAAUUAUUAAUCGUAUGAUUAGCUAUAUGCAGAACUCUAUAAUAAGUGAUGGGAACCAGUAUGCCGCUCGCCGUAUGGCCAGCAAGUUCUCUGUGGCUGACCACGCUGACGAAGUUGCCAACGGGUAUGCUCAAUUAAAAAUCCUGAAAGAGACAAUAUUACCAACUGCUGAAGCUGAUUGGUCACAAAUUGAAAAAAAAUUGAACUCUAUAAGGAAAAAAUUGUUGCAACUAAAUCACGUAACAGUAAACAUUACAGGUAAUUCUACUGUAGUCAAUGAUUGGGUCAACAAUUACGGCAAUGAAAUUUAUAAAAAACUACAAUCAACAUUUUUAGAGAGUUCAUCAUCAAGUAAAACUUCUCUAUGGGUUAAUGAAAUCUUGGAAAAAGGCUUGAUGAAUGGUCCUAAGGAUGAAGUCAUAGUUGUACCAACAAGGGUCAAUUAUGUUGGAAUAGGUGGUCCUCUAUUCGAUACUGGAGAUUUUUUGAAUGGUGAAGAUAGCUUAGUUGUACAUUACAUCCAUAGAACGUAUUUGUUCAAACAUGUUAGGAUGUCAUUGGGUGCCUAUGGUGUUUCCGCAAAUAUAACAUCGACCGGACAUAUUAUUUUCAUGUCGUUUGCGGAUCCAAACUUUGAUAAAACAAUUGAAGUCUACAAGAAUACUCCAAAUGUUCUACAUGACGCACACAAAUCCUUGGAUGAGCGUGAGCUCCUGAGACAAAAAAUUGGUAAAAUGAGCUCACUGGAUAGACCUCUACAUGUAGAAACCAAAGGAUUCGUUGCUUUACUUAGGAUCUUAAAGGGUGAAACUAAAGAAACACGGCUUAAAAUACGAAGGGAAAUAUUAGGCGCUGGGAUCGACUGUUUCGAUCGUGUAAUGAACAAGUUCAAUCAGAAAAACGAUUGGACCAACGUUUGUGCUGUUAUCAACCAAGCUACCGCUAAAGAUCUUCCAUCACACAUUACCAAGUUGAAUAUGCCUUGA